ACCUCGUCGUAGCUCGAACAGCACAAGCCAAAUUCAAUAAUUCUAAUUCACCAUUUUACUAUGGUGUUUGUUUGUGUGAUUUUUUCAUAGUUUUUAUUAAAUUAAUACUGAAUUUUGACUGACAACGACAAUAGUGAAGUAUACUAUAAUUGGAAAUGGCUAAAGUAGAGCAACCCAUGUUUAUAUUGCCCAAAAAACGCAAUGGCAAAAAACAAAAUUCGAUAACUGGUCAUGUAGACCACAUAAUUGCUGUUCAGGGAGCUGAGACUGAUUUGCCAACCAAAUACAAGAAUGGCCUUUCACCAGUCACAGAACAUGUUGUUAAUGGAAUCAUACACUCCACCAUGGAGGGACUCAAGUCCAACAUGAAAAUUAAUCUUCCCAUAAUAACUGAUGUCAAUGAUGAAGACAUCAAUGACUCAAACUUAGAGGCUGAACCCCAGAAGUCACAGAGUUCACAAAAAAAUGGCUACCAGGCCCUCUCGAUGAUGAAUAGCCGAGAAAUCAUUGACUUGUCUCCAAUUUAUGAGAACUCUUCAGAUGCAUGUUCAAGCCAUGAUGACCUCAGAGAGGCCAAUGAUGAUAUACAGAAAAGCUGCAAGUUUCUGAACGAACACAAUGAGAGUAACUCUGCUACUCCAAAUAGCAUGUCUCAAACCCAAUCGGAAAAUAGCUUUGAAAUGGGUCCACUUACUGACAGUCUCAAAAAUAGUGCCAAACGAAAAAAGCGAGUCAACAUUGUGCAAGAAAUAAUUGAAACUGAGAAUACCGAUACAGAGAUCACAGCUUUGCGGAUUGAUUCUGAAGGGUCUACACCAGACUGCUCUUUGACAGACUAUUCCAGAGAGUCCUACUUGACCAUGACGGGAACAAUAAAAAGAGGAAAGAAGAAAGGCCAAAAUGUUGAUGUCAAACUCAAUAUUUCUCGAGAAGAACUUGAAAUCAUUGAAGCAGCUAUCGUAGCAGAGGAGUACAAUAAGAUGGACAUAUCUAAAUGCUCAGUCUACAAUGGUCCACACAUUUUUAUCUUCAGUCUCCUAUGCAUACCAUUUGUGGCUUGUGUGUCUGCACUGUAUUCAUUUUACAUGGGCACAAUGACUUGGUACAACAUCUUUAGCCAUGUUACUGAAGAUCUGAAUUGGGUUAGGAAAGCAAUGUUUGCACCGAUAGUGAUAUUGUCUUAUCCAUUUUUGAUAGUGAUUUUUACUGUAGGCCUUGGCUUGUAUGCAGGUAUUGUGCAGCUGACAUUCAGUGGAGCAAAUUGGUGGAAGGAUGUAUGUGAUUUUGAGAAAGGUUUUUAUGGGUGGCUUUGUAACUCUUUAGGUAUGUCAGAGUGUAGCCCUUAUGAGGUUGUUAUACUUAUGGAUGUUAAGCCAUAAAUUAAA